AGACCGAGCGCCAGCAAGAACCGGCUGGUCUCUUUCACGCACCCCGUGCCUCGCUUUUCGAAUACCAUCGAGUCUCUACUACCGGUGCAAGUCUCUCCUCUCCUUUCGUCGCACGGAACGGUGCUCACGAGACUAGGAUGCACGCAUAUGCCUGUUAGCCAGAGGGGGAUGCCUCUGUCCGUAGUAACGCGUGUGUGCGACGCUCCAGCAUCCAGCAAGUGUUUACAGUAUAUGAGGUUUAUAGUGUGAUCGUUGUUCGAAAACCAGUAUCCUACCCCCGAGACGCGUCCGAAAAACUCGGCCCAGUUUCUACCGUUGUUAAACUACGUGCGAGAUAUCUUUGACUCCGAUCGAACAUCGCAUCGAUAGACUGUUCCAGUUCCUACGGAGAAGUCGUCAAAGUAAGGUGCAUAUUAGAGUGACCUUUGACUUGACAGGAACAUCGAUAUGGCCGCGGAGAGUGCAAUGAAUUUUCGGUAACAAACGGGAUAUCGGAAGUGGCAAUGACGCGUGAAGGAUGUGCUUGUCGAUGUUGAGUGGACGAGCCGUGACACUCGCCGCGUCCUCUCGUUUACGCUCGUUCGCAUUCUCGCGUUGUUUACGCUCGUUCGCGUUUCGGUAGAUCGCCCAUGGACCAUCGCGUUAUGUUUACGUAAUCUGUGCGGCCACGUGACAUCAAGAUUCGCCGCCAUGAGCGUAAAAGGAUAAGGAAGGCGUUUUUCAACGAUGGAAUUCGGAGGUUACAAAGGCACCGGUCCCCGUGUCAGGGUGCGACGACGCGCAGAAUUGGGGAGACGGCUUACCAGGAGGUUGUCUCUGGUCGCGAAGAUGCCAGCUGCCAUCCUCAGCAAGGCGAAUUCACCUGAACCCAGGCCAGUCGAGAUCACCGCGAUCGCCCCCGACAAGACACACCUCACCUUGCCUGGCGUGUCUCCUGGGCCAAUUUCAGCCGUGGUCUCCACGGUGGUAUUGAAAUACCGAGUAUGCAAGCCUAGAUUGUUGCUCGCUGGUUCUAGAGCAGAAGUAGAUCCCGCUGCCGAUGUGGGGCUCUUUCACGGGGAGAUACUGCUGAUCGAGGACUCCGCGAGACAGUACGAUCCAAAAGGAGACACGGAUAGGAGAUACAGAGCCACGGAGAAGCUGCUGCAUGCAGAGGAAGAGUACCACGAAACCCUCUGCAGCGCGAAAGAAUUGUAUGCGAGGCCACUGGCGAGGAACUACCCCGAAUUUCACGAUGACAUCUUUCAACCGCUCGCGGACCUCUCGGUGGUCACUUUGGAACACUGCCAGAGGAUUCGUAGAGGCCUCGAGACUUGGGAUGGCGACACUUUUAAGCCGAGUGACUUAUUCCCCGGCUCGUUUUGGAACGCUUACUGGGAAUACCUGGAGAGCUACAGCGAGGCGCGGCGGAUUCUGGACGAGCUGAGAGCAACGGAGGACCCCCUACUGCAUUUCCUUAGUCUUAGACAAGCCGCGGCCAGGCACUCCCCGGCAUCGUUGCUUCUUCUACCGGUCCAGAGGCUGGCCGAGUACGAGAGGUAUUUGGGCCAGGAGGCGAGGAACCUGGUGGAGAACGGAAGCGGAAGCGUGAGCAGUGGCGCCGUUCUCCAACGCGGUCAACUCGAGGGCGAUCUUCACCGCAUCCAGGAACUCUUCCCCGGCGACAAUCUCCGGCUACACGAACGAGAUGUACUCACCACGAAAAUGAAAAGUCUGAUUCGCAAGAGGAGCGGCGGGAAUCCUGGCAGGCUGACGAGAGUGCUGUCGCAGAAAUCCUUAAACGUUUCGAUUAACUCGCCGCCUCCGAAGUCCCCGCCGAGGACUUUCCUCCUGGAGACUCCAGUACAAUUCACCACGGGUGUACAGUCCCAGGACAGGCACCUCUUCCUCUUCUCCGACUUGUUACUAAUAGCGAAAGCGCGGAGCGGAGGGAACUUUAAACUGAAACAGUCCGUAAGAAUGAGCGAGUUAUGGCUGACCGCUGGCCACAUAGAGGACGUCGCGGAAACGAGCAAGUCUCCAGAAACGAGUUUCGUCCUGGGAUGGCCUACUACGAACGUCGUCGCCACUUUUAUGACUGCUGCUGCGCGAGAUCUCUGGUGGGGACGUCUGACGGAGCUCGUACGAGAGGAGAGUAUGAAGGAGCCGCCGGACACUAACAUUCAAGUCGUGUAUCACGACAAUGACACGGAAUACUGCAAAACGAUUAUGGUCGGAUGCGAGAUGACGGCGGCAGCCUGCGUGAAUCUAGCCACUCGCCUCUGGGAUUUGCAGGGGCCGUUUCAAUUAUGGGCGAGAACCUCCGCCGACGAGGCACCGUAUCCUCUGAUAGGACACGAGAGACCGUUUGCCAUAAAGCUGUCGAACCUGCGACACACGUUGUCCGCCGAGGAGGGUUUCGAUUUGGAACACUGCAAUAAAAGCGGGCACGACACGUGCCACUUCAUUCUGAGGCCGGUGCCAAAGUCGCCGGUGAAAAAGAACAAGUCGAAGAUCACCGGAUUGCUGAGACGAUCCCUCUCGUUGAACCCGAGCCUGUUCGGUGUCAACUUGUCCAGGCUCGACGAGAACGGAUUACCGAAGCCAGUAUUGGUGAUGCUUCAGCAGCUGUUCGCCAAGGGGCCGUUCACGCAGGGGAUCUUUAGAAAGUCGGCGAACGUCAGAAUCGUCAGGGAGCUUCGAGAUCAGAUCGAAUCGUCGGGAGAUCCGAGUUGUUUGGAAGACGCGCCGAUCAUAGCGGUGGCAGCCCUGCUCAAGGAUUUUCUGAGAUCAUUGCCGGAUCCUUUGCUCACUUCUCAUUUGUUUCCGCUUUGGAUGGACAGCCUGGACACACCGAAUCCUGUUCAGACUAUGAAAAAUAUUUUAGACAAGCUGCCCAAAGCGAAUUACACUCUGUUGUCGCAUCUGAUUUGUGUGCUCCAUCACGUGGCGCGGAGAUCGAAGCACAAUCUGAUGUGCGCGAGUAAUCUGGGCGUGUGUUGCGGGCCCAGCUUACUCUGGUCGCCGAAUCCGUCCGUGAACCAGAGCAGGGCGAUACCCAUGCUGACGGAGAUGCUGAUUCGUCAUUGCGAGGGUUUGUUCGGCGAAGGCGUCACGCAGCUUCUCGGGGAGGAGCGGAGCGACAGCGGAGCCGAAGAGAGCACCGACAGCCUUCACUGUGGGCUUUCCCUGGACAGCCUGGACCUGACGGAACCGCCGCGCAAGGACCACAUGUCCUUGUCGAGAGAUUCUGGUCUGACCUUGUCGGACUGUCAAUUGUUCAUACCAGAAUCGCCAGUGGGCUCGGAAGAUUCCGCGGUGAACGCUUCGUCAUCGAGUUUCGACAAGUCCCUCGCGAAGGAGGACAAAUCGAGUAGCAAGUCGUAUAUCCGUGUCUACGGAGGAUGGGAGGAGCGAAUGAACGGGUACGGAUCCAACAAUCAUCACGCGAACAGCGUCGAGCAUAAUUUUCGAGAAGAGAAGAGUAACGUCGGCUAUCCGAACCCGAACUUCCAACGACAGGACUGGUUGAGGGCUCAGCUGAAGAGAACGCCAAGGACGAAACUGGAGGAGCACGAGCAUCGCAAGGACAGGUUCGACGAGAAAGAUAUCUACAGUCGGGACUACCUCAGGCAAGACUCGAUGAAGGAGAACGUGGAGAAUUGCAAGGACAUCUAUAGGAACUCGCAACUGGACAUAUCGCGGGAUCUCAGGUCGGAGUACGAGCGAGCUACCCAACAGGACAUUUGCACGGAACGGGUCUCGAUUCACAAUUCGGAGCAGGAUCUUACGGGCGAGUUCAAGAAGGAGCGGUUCAACGAGUUUAAGAAGGUCAAGUCGGAGAUGUACGUUAACCGCGAGUCACCGGUCUCGCAGAACGGUAGCUACCACUCGGGCAGCGACCUGUACGAGUUCAAGAAAGUGAAAAGCGAGAUAUACGUGAACAAAGAGACGACGUGUACCACGGAGAGAUAUGAAUCCGAGGGUAACAUAUAUGGGAACAGGGACAGGACGAGCGAGUUGUACGGCUCGAGGGAGAGGAACGAUUUGUUCUCGUUCAAGCAGGCCGAGGCGAUCGAUCUCUACGGCGACGAGGACGAGGAAGAGGAGAGAACGUGGCCGGACACGCCUCCGCCGCUGCCGCCGAGAUUGAGGCAUCUACCGCCGGUGCACAUGAAUCUGGAGGACAGGCACAAAGUAGCUGGAAGGUCAAGGUCUUUACCGCCGCCGCCUCCUUAUCGCCCGCCACCUCAGCCACGCGCCUCGGUUCCUACCAGACAUCUGGGAUUCGGAAGAUCCGUCGUCGAUGAUGAGAGUUACGUUUAACAAGGAGCACGCUUGGAGAAAAUCAAAGAAAAAUAAAAAAAAAAGUCGUGUGAUCGCAUGCACGAUCUCACGACUGAAACUAGUCCAAAACUGGAACGCACGUGUCGAAAAAAAAUUCGCAAGAAGUGUAUAAUAUCCGAUUUGCGUGUGGUCAUCGAGGAGCGAAGAGUACGCGCGCGUCUCAUUUGUUCGUUUCGUAGAAACGCGUCGACAGAUUGGAAGACUUGAGGUAUAAUUACGCUGAAAGCGUAAGAUGUAAAGUCCGAAAACGCUGUUGACUGUUAGCGAUUCUUAGAGAUAGGACUUGACUGUUAUACAGUGAUUCAGGGUGCUUCCACGAGAGCCUUAACCGAUAGGUUUUCUUUCUUUUAUUAGACAUCUACAUAGAGACGUUUUAUCGUUAAGUAUAGACUGUAGCGGACAAGACUUGCGUCGAGAUGAUAUUCGUAAUUUCUUUUCUUACGCGAAGAACACUUGUAAAAACGAAUUUUAUAAUACGUUAUCGGCAGAGUGUAGAACAAUGGUAGUGCCAAAAUCUAUAGAAUAUGCAUUGAACUCUUAGAUGAUAAUGCAAAUCGUAAAAGGUUUCAAAAUUAUUAUUUUAUACUUCGUCUAGAUAAUUUGUAUAUCGUCAGGGGAUUUACACUUUGUCAGUAACACACCGUCGGCAUACUGGCAAGGGAUUUUAAGUCAAGAAAAAAAAAAUUCUUGUUUUAUUAUCCUGGCGUUGAUGAAACCUGAGCUUCGAUCUUCCGUACGUGACUUAAUGUCUUUCGUCAGUAUAGUGACGAUACGUAAUGUGUAAAAUGCGCGUCAAGUACGGAAAGAGAAUGGUAUAAAUCUCUGUGAAUAUUCGAACGCGAAUGCUGCUGCCGUUUCGAAGGAGGAAGAUAGAGAGCGAGGCGUCAGUGUCUGCGGAACGAAUCCCGAUAAUAAAAUGCAAAUUUUAUUGCACGUCGAGAGAGAGGCGUGGUGCAGCGAAGCUUCCUAGCGUCAUCUUUUUAAAUACGUUCACGUAGCCAAGUGCGCAUCGCUCUAUCGAAAUAUCCUGUGAUUUCGAGAUCGUUUCACGUUCGUUCAACAAAAAAAAAAAGAAACAGCCAUCGACUGCCUCCAUCGUGUUUCAUCGUAUUCACGCCUUUCGUUUUAAUCGGAAAUCGAAUUGAAUCACACAUAACAAUUAAGCUCGCUCUACUCAUUCUCAUUUCCCUUCUCUCUCUCUCUCUCUCUCUGUUGAUUUUUUGUCACCUAUCCUUUUCUUUAAACUUACAACAUAUAAAUCAUAGAGUGCUUGGUACUCGCGAUUAUCUUAAGCUAUGAGAUACACGCGAAAAUGGUAACGGAACUACGAUUCGUGUUUUCCGUUUCGCGCUUCUUGUAUAUAUUAGUGUUAAACUGUAAUCUUUUAUAUCGCUAAACGUAUAUCGAACAUACACCAUAUGCAAUGCCCGUAAAGUAUGUAUACUUUAUCUAAAUUAUACGACAUGCUAUGAAAAAGUAAAUAUAUUUCGUAUUUUAUACAA